AUGAAAUGGUAUAUACAAGGGUUGGUGUUUGGAUACCUCAGUGCCCCCCAAAGAACUGGGAGGCUAGGUCGUGGUCUGGAGAUGGUAGACGGCCAUCAGGAGCACUCCACUCGACUGUCUGGCAGCUCGAUCGAGCUUGCUCUUCCUCUUCCUCUUCCUCAAAGUGUGUGGCUCCUUGGCCUUGGUGGAGCAUUGGUCAGCUCGACCGAGUUGAGUUUCCUCUGUUUGGACUCGAUCGAGUCCGGUGGUCGAGCUGGAGCGUCUGGCCUUGGAAGUCUUCCUCCUUCUCUGCGUGUUGUCUUCUCCUUCCCUUGGCUCGUAAGAAGAGGCUCUGUGAGGCUCUUGGGCAGGGAGCCUUCUUGGAGUGGUGAGAAGGAUAGGAAAGGGGAAGACCUGAUCCCGCGAUCAAGUUUUUGGCGCCGUUGCCGGGGACCAAUUCGCACCUACAAGUUCUUGCAAGAGAGCUAG